AUGGUUACAGCUCAGAGUAGACAGAAGUCUUAUGCAGGCCUAAAGCGCAAGCAUGUUGAGUUUGAAGUUGGUGAUCAUGUAUUUCUGCGUGUGACUCCAAGGAAAGGAAUCUCCGUGAAGAGGUUUGGUAAGAAGGGAAAGUUAAGUCCCAGAUAUGUCGGACCUUUUGAGAUUUUGGAUAGAGUGAGCAAUGUGGCUUACAGAGUAGCUUUUCCACCAUCAAUGUCCGGGGUGCACAAUAUAUUUCAUGUGUCACAACUUCGAAAAUAUGUAUCCGACCCAUCGCAUGUGCUGAGCUAUGAGACCUUGGGUUUGCAGGAGGAUUUGUCAUUCGAUAAGCGUCCAGUAAAAAUACUCGAUCGAAAGGACAAGGUCCUAAGGAAUAAGACUAUUUCCUUAGUGAAAGUGAUGUGGAGGAACGGUGUUGUUGAGGAAGCAACCUGA